AUGAUUCUUGUUAUGUACUCAUCGCAGGAUAAAAAGCCUCUUCACAGAAAUGAACAGCGGACGUUGGAUUGCUACGUGACGUCUACAGACUAUAAACUGGUUCAAGUUGACAUCGAUAUCAACGAACGGAUAAAUAGGGCAUGCUCAAAACACAAACUGACGAAGUUCAAGAGACAUUGCGCUGCUGCCGAAUUUUUGCAAGACGCUGACUGGAUGCUCGUCAUAGAUGAGAAUACAGCAGUUGCAAAUCCGGACCACUGCAUCGAAGAGUGGAUUGAUGAUCGAGUUAAUGUCCUUCUUUUUGAGCAGUUCACUGACUGGGAUAUUUCAAGCAGCAGCUAUCUGGUACGCAAUUCGCAGUGGUCGAUACAGUUCUUGCAUGAAUUAGCUCAGUGGGAAUUCUCGUCGACACCAGGAAAAGACAACUUUGAGGUAUACCUCGUCCACACCUUGCUUCCCAAUGGCAGUCGCGAUUACCGGGAAUGUUUGAGGCACUGGCGCACUGCCACUCACUUCAACAUCUACUCAGCCUGCGCAAGAAUGACUCUUGGAUUCCAGCGUUUGUGGGUCAAUAAAGUACGCAUUUACAGAAAAGCACACGGGUGGGCAAGAGCUGGAUUUGUAACUAAUAACUUCUGGUGCGACCGUGACUUCAUGCUGCAUGACUGGGAAGAGGAAAGCACGGGCAGGAAUUUGUGGAUGAGCCCUUUUUACGAUGAAGUUGAUCCGGCAGUUUGUGCCCUCAGAGAGAAAGGCUGGAAUUGGUUGCCUAACAAAUACGCGAACGCCUCUACAAUACAGUCUGAUUUUCGUGCCUUUGAAAAAAUGCGUCGUCGAAACCAGCCAAAGGACAAAAUUAUCAACGAAUUUCUGGAAGGAUUUGAAAUUUCACGAUGCUAUCCGGAAUGCGAAGAAGAUUGA